GUUUCCAUCACUGCAACAAGGCUUCUCACUUGCUUCUCACUCUCUAACUAUUACCUCGUUUGACUCGAAAUUCUGCUGUAUAAACUACAACACAUCCUCUAGAUUGCUGUCGAAGAUAACUUGACGAUAGAGUAUAAGCAUCCUCGAGACCAUCUAGACAUGUCUGGCAUAACUUGGCACUACGUUCUCAAGUUCAUCAUCACAGGCGAUGCAGCAGUUGGCAAAUCGUCUCUACUUGUUCGUCUCACAGAUCAACGUUUCCUGGCCAAUCCAGACCCCACAUUAGGUGUCGAAUUUGGGUCUAAGCUUAUUACGAUACCAGAAGAGAAUAAGGUCGUGAAACUGCAAUGCUGGGACACAGCAGGGACCGAAUCCUUCCGUUCAAUAACACGCUCAUACUACCGGGGAGCUGCAGGCUGCUUACUCGUUUACGACAUCACAUCACGGCAAAGCUUCCUGAAUGCACGAACGUGGCUCGAAGACGUCCGGAAACAUGCAGAUCCACAUCUUACCUGUAUCCUCGUCGGGAACAAAUCUGAUCUCUGUCCACCAUCUUCAUCCUCGUCGCCGUCCCAAUCCUCAUCAUCCCCGCAAACACAAACGUCAUCACAACCCUCCUCAACAACAACACCGACACCCACGACAGCUCCAUCAAGAUCAAUAACCCCAACAUCUUCGAGGCGACAAGUUAGCGUAGAGGAGGCCCAGCUCUGGGCGCAAGAAGAGGGCCUUUUGUUCGUCGAGGCGAGCGCGAAGAACGGGGAGAAUGUGGAGAAGGCGUUCGAGGAGGCUUGUAGAGAUAUUUUGAGCAAGAUUAGGAGGGGGGUGUUCGAUGAUGAGCGGAGUCCGGGUGUGAAGUUGUCGAAACCGAACGCGAGUGCCUCUGGAGGUGUCGCGUUAGACGGCCAGGCCAAAGGCUCGUGCUGUGGCACAUAGUCUCCCGUUCCUAUCUCCUAUCUCCCAUCUUCUUCACCCUUUCCCUCUAUCCAUAUGGUGUUAUACUGCUAUUUUACUGGUUUGGUGGAGUUUCUUUUUAGUUGGGGGCUGUAAGUUAUUUUAAUUUCUCCUGGGAACACUCGGAGACCAUCGUUGUCAACCAUUCUUAUUAUUCGUCUUCGUCUACGCUUUUCUCUUUCUUUGAAGUAUAGUUCAUCGGUGGUGUUGCUUUGUUACGUGCUAACAUGUACAUGUGUGUUGGUGCUGUGUUGUAAGUGCGUACGAUAAUUAAUAACGUGGAAGGCCGUGUUUACUGUAUGUAAUAAGGCUGUUGAUGGGUGUCAAUGGGUUUUGUCGAUUUAGAC